AGAACCUGGGCCGAACCGAGGCAACUGCAAGGCGGAGAGGUAAUGACAGAAGCGGUAAUGACAGAAGCGUAAGAAGUAACGACGCGAUGGAGCCUAACAAUUAAAUGUGCUUUCGCCUUUCCCACAACUACAAACUACCUCUUAUCACAAUUACGACAUCAUCAAUCACGAUCAUAAUCCAAUCAACUGUGCAGUUGCGAACUGCAUAUUGAUUCAUUCGUCUUUUUCUUCUUGCUUCCUUACUUCUUUUCACAUGUCUUAAAUUUGAAUCUCACUCCAUCUAUACAGUGUAGUGUAAUAAUAACAUACCCCCAUCAUGUCGCGAUCUAUUGAUCAUUUCAGUGGUGGCGCAUCACGACCACCCGGUAAACCUCAGAAACCAACCCAGAGCAAGAUUUCGACACCUCCGCAAUGGCUCAAUAUCUAUGGCGACUUCAUCACGAAAAACGCCCAUCAAGUUUCCCAGAUCGAGAGCGCAUUACGAUCCCUGACGUAUAUUAUACCUGGCCGAUUUCGUGACGCUGAGAUCGCCUCGGAGACCCUGCACUCGGGUAUUCAACUACUAUCCCUCUAUCACGAUGCUGUCCUCCGAGACGCUGUAACGAAAAUCCCCGCACUAGCUUCCAAAGUACCAAGCCCACAUACCCGCUACACCAGAUUUUGGACAGGAAAGAGCAGGUUAUAUCGGAGAAUAGCCCUGUUGCUGCAAAUUGUUCAGUAUACCGAGCUAUUAUGGGAGAUGGCAGCUAAACGCAAGGGGGAGAAAGUUCGUUGGCGUGUCAUCAUCCUCUUGGAGAUUAUUAAAGCCUUCUGUCGCCUGUUAUUAAUGAGAGUCACCAAUUCAAGACCGCUCGUUACACCAGCACUACCAGAACGAGAUCCAGUUCCCCCGGAAAUGGACGAAAACGAUGAUGCGGCGCUAAAGGAGCUAAUGGGUGAAGAUACGUCCUCCGUAGACAUGGAUGAAUCUGCCAAGAGUGCCCACGAGAAAGAAUGGACGAUGCCACGAACCGGCGCCAGUCUUCCAAGCUUACCAAAUCCUGGAGAUAUCAGCUCUUAUUUAAUGAGCCGGGUCUUAACAGCAGACGACAUCAAACCCGCAGCAAAGCUUCUAAACACGCUAUCUGGCUCCGGGCAGACUGCCGAGAUAUUACACAUUCUCGCCCCCUUGGUAUACGCUAUUGCAUUGUCAAGGUGUAAAGAUAAGAAGUCUUGGACGCCUUGGAUACUCGGGGUAAGUAUGGAAUACGCAGCGCGGCAGUUACGCGACCGGGGUCUACGCAGCACUGCUCUAGAGAACGAAGAAUGGGGUAAGAGGUAUUGGGCGGCCGGUUGGUGGAUUAUGAGGGGUGCUUUCUAUGAGCAUGUCACCAAGGGCCUUAUAUGUGGAGUGCGUCGUCGUAUGCCUAGCCUGGUCGCUGGCAUACUGGAAGAUUACGAGUACCUGUGGGAUAAUUAUUACUUCAGCACCAGCGCUUGAUGGAUCCAAUGAAGACGGAUUAACACUGGUAUCUCGCGGCUCAAGUUGGACUUGUCUCAAGUCUUCAAUAAUUGUAUAUCACUAUGGGCUCGUUUCCCAUUCUAUACGACGAUACCCGCCAAACACGCCGAUUAUAUUCGCGAUCUACGUCAGAUUUAAAUUUUGGCGUCAGCUUCGUAGAUAAGAGAUAGUGACGGCUUAAGUUUCAACACUCAUCCGGAAACUCGGGCCUCCGGACAUAUUCGUAUCCAUACGAAGUAUCCGCAAUAUUUCCCUUUAUCCUCUCUUCAUAAACGACAUACCAAUAAUUCACGAUUGCAUAUCAGUCGACGUCUAACAACAAAUCAUUAUGCCGACGCUCGCCCAACUCAAAUACCCAAUCGUGAGGCAUUUGAGCGAACUUGUUAAGGAUGCUCGAUUGCCAGGGUUCCCCGACAUAGUUUAGGUACCUACCUAGGUACGAUGCAUAUGAGAGAAGAAUACAAGAUCAGAGACGCAGUAAAUGGAUGUUGAAGUGCCUUCGUCAAGUUUGGCCUCUGAUUGGUCUCAAUAGAGAAACAUUAUAGUAUGUAGUAAUCCCUUUAGGUAUCAGGAGCGAGUUGUAAGAUUAGUAGUAGGGGACAUAUUUAGGUAGAUACCCUAGAUCGUUUCUAGACGCAAUAUAAUUGUCGAUGCGUCUUUA